CGGGCCGGCCGCGGGCGCUCCCUCCGUGCGGCCCCCCUGAGCGCCCCCCCUCCCCGGGCCGGGAGGGAGGCGGGGGGCACCCGGGGCCCGCCAUGAACCCGGGCUUCGACCUGUCCCGCCGGAACCCGCAGGAGGACUUCGAGCUCAUCCAGCGCAUCGGCAGCGGCACCUACGGCGACGUCUACAAGGCCCGGAAUGUUAACACUGGAGAAUUAGCAGCAAUUAAAGUGAUAAAAUUGGAACCAGGAGAAGACUUUGCGGUUGUACAGCAAGAAAUCAUAAUGAUGAAAGACUGCAAACACCCAAACAUUGUUGCUUAUUUUGGAAGCUAUCUCAGGCGAGAUAAACUUUGGAUCUGUAUGGAGUUUUGUGGAGGUGGCUCUUUACAGGACAUAUAUCACGUAACUGGACCCCUCUCAGAGCUGCAGAUUGCGUAUGUUAGCAGAGAAACACUACAGGGAUUGUGUUAUCUUCACAGUAAAGGAAAAAUGCACAGAGAUAUAAAGGGCGCUAACAUUCUAUUAACGGAUAACGGUCAUGUGAAAUUAGCUGAUUUUGGAGUUUCUGCACAGAUAACAGCUACAAUUGCGAAACGGAAGUCCUUCAUUGGUACCCCAUAUUGGAUGGCUCCAGAAGUCGCAGCUGUUGAGAGGAAAGGAGGCUACAAUCAGCUGUGUGACCUCUGGGCAGUGGGCAUCACUGCCAUCGAGCUGGCCGAGCUCCAGCCGCCCAUGUUUGACCUGCACCCAAUGAGGGCAUUAUUUCUAAUGACAAAAAGCAAUUUCCAGCCUCCCAAACUAAAAGAUAAGUUGAAGUGGUCAAAUAGCUUCCAUCAUUUUGUGAAGAUGGCACUUACCAAAAAUCCAAAAAAAAGACCCAAUGCAGAAAAGCUGCUACAGCAUCCUUUUGUCACCCAGCCUCUGACAAGGUCUUUGGCGAUAGAGUUGCUGGAUAAAGUGAGUAACCCAGAUCAUUCCACGUACCAUGACUUUGAUGACGACGACCCAGAGCCUCUUGUUGAUGUGCCACAUAGAAUACCUUCAACGAGUAGAAAUGUGAGAGAAGAAAAAACACGUUCAGAGAUAAACUUUGGCCAGGUGAAAUUUGAUCCUCCCUUACGGAAGGAGACUGAGCCACAUCAUGAACUUCCCGACAGUGAUGCUUUUUUCGACAGUUCAGAAGAAAUAUACUACACUGCAAGAUCUAAUCUGGAUCUACAACUAGAUUACGGACAAGGACACCCAAGUAAUUACUUUUUAGGUGGAAACAAGAGUCUCCUGAAGUCUGUUGAAGAAGAAUUACAUCAGCGAGGACAUGUCGCUCACUUAGAAGAUGAUGAGGGGGACGGUGAUGACUCUAAACAUUCAACCAUGAAAUCAAGAGUCCCACCACCUCUGCCACCAAAGCCUAAAUCCAUCUUCAUACCUCAGGAUACACAUUCUGCUGAGGACAGUAAUCAAGGAACAAUCAAGAGAUGUCCCUCAGCGGGGAGCCCAGCAAGGCCGUCCCACGUUCCACCUAGGCCACCUCCCCCGCGGCUGCCCCCACAGAAGCCUGCUGCUUUAGGAAAUGGAGUGAGCUCCUUCCAGCUAAAUGGUGAACGAGACGCAUCAUUAUAUCAGCAACAGAAUGAGCAAAGAGGCACCAAUCUUUCCAGAAAAGAGAAGAAGGACGUACCAAAGCCAAUCAGUAAUGGUCUUCCCCCAACACCUAAAGUCCAUAUGGGAGCAUGUUUUUCAAAGGUUUUUAAUGGAUGUCCCUUGAAAAUCCACUGUGCUACAUCCUGGAUAAAUCCAGACACGAGAGAUCAGUACUUGAUAUUUGGUGCUGAAGAGGGCAUUUAUACCCUUAAUCUCAAUGAACUUCAUGAAACAUCAAUGGAACAGCUCUUCCCCCGCAGGUGUACGUGGUUGUACGUGAUGAACAAUUGCUUACUGUCGAUAUCCGGCAAAGCUUCUCAGCUCUAUUCCCAUAAUUUACCAGGGCUUUUUGAUUAUGCGAGACAGAUGCAGAAGUUACCUGUAGCGAUUCCAGCACACAAGCUCCCCGAUAGGAUCCUGCCCAGGAAAUUUGCUGUAUCAGCAAAAAUUCCUGAAACCAAGUGGUGUCAGAAGUGCUGUGUGGUGAGAAAUCCUUACACAGGCCAUAAGUACCUCUGCGGGGCACUUCAGACUAGCAUUGUUCUAUUAGAAUGGGUUGAGCCAAUGCAGAAGUUUAUGUUAAUUAAGCACAUAGAAUUUCCGAUGCCAUGUCCGCUCCAGAUGUUUGAGAUGCUGGUGGUCCCUGAGCAGGAGUACCCUCUGGUCUGCGUUGGGGUCAGUAGAGGGCGAGACUUCAACCAGGUGGUUCGAUUUGAGACGGUCAAUCCAAAUUCUACCUCGUCAUGGUUUACAGAGUCAGAUACCCCGCAGACAAACGUCACUCAUGUAACCCAACUGGAGAGAGACACCAUCCUCGUGUGCUUGGAUUGUUGUAUAAAAAUAGUGAAUCUCCAAGGAAGAUUGAAAUCCAGCAGGAAAUUAUCAUCAGAACUCACCUUCGAUUUCCAGAUAGAAUCCAUAGUUUGUCUACAAGACAGUGUGCUGGCUUUCUGGAAGCACGGAAUGCAAGGUAGAAGUUUUAGGUCUAAUGAGGUAACACAGGAAAUUUCAGAUAACACAAGAAUAUUCAGGCUCCUUGGAUCUGACAGGGUUGUGGUUUUGGAAAGUAGGCCAACUGAUAACCCAACAGCAAAUAGCAAUUUAUACAUCUUGGCGGGUCACGAAAACAGCUACUGAGACACGGAGUUCUUGACAGUGACCUGUAGAGACCGAGACCGUGGCUGCUGCAACGUUAGUG